AUGGUGACCAGGAAUACACUUAAACGUUCAUUACUCAAAGACAAGGCAAAAACCACUCCCCAAUUCCGAGAAGCGUUUACUGGUCCAACAUGUUUGUACAAAUUCCUUUCGGAGCGCCCACAAAGAUUCCUCACGAGAAAUCUUACCUACAUGGUACAAGCUCGCAAAAAAAGGCCAAUUAGUGGUAAGAUUGAAAUGCAUCAGCAUAUUUCGUUAAAUGAUCUUUAUAAUAGACGAGUAAAAGAAGAGCAGCAAUCAUUGAAUAGUCGAGUUUGGCGCUCUCUUCGAGUAACCAUUGAUCGUUUAGCUUUGCCAGAAAGAUAUAAACAGGAGCCUGAGUUUGUGUGGCAAGUUUUUUUGUGUCGAAUACUAGAGAACCAGCCCUCUAAUAAUAAUAAAGAAUCGACCUCGAAAAAGAGAAAACUUGAUAAUGGCGAAGUAGAUUCUUCGAAUUAUCAUCUUGUUCACAUUACAAGUCUAUCUGUUUCUCCGGAUACGGAGCUGUUUACAGAAAAAAAAUCAUUCGAAAUUUCCGAGACAAAUUUUGAAAUCGAUGAAUCACUCAAGGAUUUAGUCUUAUAUAUGUCUUUAAAUUCAAAGGGCUGCGAAAACCCCGCAUCCUCCGGAAAUCAAAAUCAAGCAUUAAUUCAGAACGAGGAUAUUCUUCCUAAUCCUUCAAAUAGCUCAGAAAAUACCCGUAUAUUGUGGAUUCCAAUAAACCUGCUAGUAAAUGGACAGUUCAUCAAAGACGGAAACUAUGAACGUGAUGCACAGGUGGCAUACGGGAAGGAUGAGGUCAUAAGGUCUUUGUGUAGAAUUAAAUUAUCGUUGAACUGGGAUUACAAAGUACAAUUGCCUAUGAAAUCAAGCAAACUUUUAGCUUCCACGACAACUAAAUCUUAUCGAAGCUGCGUGAAAUCUGAAGAAGAAGUCCUUCCAGUUACAUUCAUAUUUCGUGUCGUGGAUUGUGACAUGAAACAAAUGGUCCGAGGAUUUAUAUGCCCGUGGUGCAACAAUGAUUAUCUUGAUAGUCGUACUUUAUUUUAUCACCUCGCAAAUAAUCACGUUCAUCUCAAAUUCGGGACAAAGAAUGGAAAAAAUAUACCCAGUGAACGAAUUAUUGUCACAGUUGUAAAUGAAGAACAUUCCGAUCUAGAAUACUUUAGUCUUGUUAAGUCAGAAGGAGUUUUACGACCUAAAUCAUUCGCCUUCCCGAGAAUUCAAAAUUCAAAGUCUAUUCAAUUACCACUGACGAAUUUUUAUCAUUCGCAGUCUUUUAUGCCUUUCACGGCUGAUGAUUCUGAUGGUGACUCAGAUGAGGAGAUGUGUACCCAUUGGAUACAACAAACUAGUGACGAGAACUUGGAUGAAUUACCAGAGCUAAAUAACUCUGAGAAACUACUCAUGAAGAUGUGGAAUAGGCACAUUGAACCAUACAGAGGACUUGGUGAUUGCCAUUUAUCUGAAGUUUGCCUCCUAUUUGCAAAAAAUCGUGCCACCGAAAUUGCUUCGUUCAAUUUGAGAAAUAAUUUUGUUCUUCAUUUGAUGACUUUGGCUCAAUAUCAAAUGAUUGACGUAACUUGUACCACAAGAUGUUUAGGUUAUGUGGAUAGAGCAAUAGAUUCCUUGGGCGGAAAAUAG